ACUGUAAGGGCAGUUGCAGCUGAGCAGGUAUAAACCCAGACUAUUCUUUGGUGGUAAAAAGAAGACCAGUCUCUCCUUGCUGUAUAUAACACAGAGGGAGGAAGGAACUCUGAGAAAGGACCUACCUUACCAGUGUGAGAGGGGAAUCUUACAAGCAUACUGUGGAUUUUUAGUCUGUACCUGCUACUUGAUUGUUUAUCUUAUACUGACCCACCCAAAAAGAGAAGAAGGGUCAAACAAAAAUCAUUGUCUUGUCACUUCUGUCUAAGAACUGGAUGAAUUUUGACACCUGCUGGAGAAGCUACCAGGACCAUUAGAAAUGGAGCAGCUCAUGCUGCAUCUCUGAUCAGCAAAGCUUUCUGCAUGGAGUACAAGAAUCAAGUUGGCUUAAGUUAAACCAUAUGCAAGUUGCACUAAUUGUUGUAAUGGUACUGCUGAUACCACUCCAGACUUCACUAGGGCUUUCCGAGGCAGUAGUUUCUCAUGUAGUUUGAAUGUUUUCAACUGACACUUGAAUGUUUUUAUUAAAUCUGGUGUGGCUGUGAAAAGUGUGUGUGGGGUGAACUUUUUCCUGUUAAGUUCAUGGUGAAUUUUGAAGCCUCACUUCCAAGCGUGAUCCGUGCUAUGGCAGCAACCUACAGGCUUAUUGUCACUUCUGUGAACUGCUACAGCAGUGUGGUGAUAGACCAGCACUUUCAGCACACUGUGCAUUACUGCACAGGGACUUGCCAAGUGUUUAAGCAAGGAGUUACAUGCAUAGUUGCCCACCACAGUGUCUGCGCAGAGCUCAGUGUUCAAGAUGCCAACCUAGACCAUAAAAUUCCUGUUCCUGAAAAUGGACUUGCCUUGCCUGGGAAUGAGGACUAUCACCAAAUCCUCCCAAAUAAUCCAAGAAUCAAAAAGGGCUCUUCAGUGCAAGCCUCCAGCAGUUUAAAAGACAUUACCGGUGAGGCGAUAAACCUUGCCAGUGGUAAAAUAAAGGAGUUCUCCUUUGAAAAGCUCAAAAACUCUUCCAGUCAUGUGGCCUACAGAAAGGGAAGGAAAGUUCGGUCAGAAUCAUUCAGUAGACGAUCAUUUGAUUUUGACUUGAUUUAUGGGCACUUCAACAAUGAUGAGAACUGCCCUCCAUGUGGCUUUUCGCAGAGUCCCUCACCUGUGGAGAAAUGGCAGGAGAGCAAUGAUGCUUCAGAAGUCACCAUGAAUCCCAUGGUUCCCUUCUCCCCUCAUUCCUUCUCUGAAGAAAACCUCAUUACUCAGAUUUUGGAAAAACAUAAGCUAGAUGGUUCUUCUGGUGGAGAUAUUAAGGUGUGCUUAGACAUCUUGCUCAAGUGCUCAGAGGAUCUGAAAAAGUGCACAGACAUAAUAAAACAUUGCAUCAAAAAGAAGUCUGCAGACAGUGUUAGUGGAGGGAACAGCAAUGAUCCCCUGGCUAAUUCAGAAAUGAUAUAUAUGAAUCUGAUGACAAGGUUUUCUUCAUACCUGAAAAAGCUACCCUUUGAGCUCAAGCCACCAGGACAUAAGGAAGCUAGUGACUUGGCAGAACUAGUUAAUUGUUUUCAUGGUUUGCAGCAAACUCCCUUUCCCCCAGUAUUUGGAGAUGAGCAGCCACCUAGGUAUGAAGAUAUUAUUCAGCUGCCAUCAUCAAGUGCAGUUCCUCUUGGACUACCAGGUGAUCAGUGUGAGGUGACAAGCACCUCUCAGUCCAUCCAAACAAGUACUGUGAGCUUUACCUCAAACUCCCUUCACAGCGUCCCCCAGGAGAACAGUGAGAGAGCUGUGAAAGAUGCUUGUGCUCUACCUCAGUUACCAGCCACAAGCCCUUCUGACUGCACAUCUUCCACAGAGGCUCUGUACAUUGAGGAGGAGUCUGAUGGGGAAAGAACGUUAGGGAAAAUAAAGAAGGCAGAGCAGAAGCGGGGCUGGGAGAGUUUAGAGCGCAGUUACCAGCUAGCUGGUUGUUCAGAUCUAGCUGCCAAUGCUAAAGCAGAACGUUCCAGAGUGGGAGAUGUUGAGCUCUCCCACGCUUCUGAGAAAAUUACUCCUUUAAAACAAGUUUCAGAUUCUGUAUUGCGUGGUUCCCAAGCUGAUGUCUCCAAAGGAGAACAGAUGUGCAGUAAGAUAGACAAUGAUGAGAUAGACAAACUGCUGCUGGACUUAGAGUGCUUCUCACAGAAAAUGGAGAGUACUUUGAGGGAACCCUCUCUAAAGGAGAGUGAACCUGCCUGUUUGCAGGUGUUUGGCUGGCAGGGUAGGCAGGUACUACCUCUGGCUCUUGAACCCAAAAGUAAACCCGUUGACCCCACUUCCCCUUUGUCAAAAAUCAUGGAAACCAAUGGUCAUAAAAUGGAAGAGGAUGACAAAGCCCUUUUACUGCGUAUCCUGGAAAGCAUUGAGGACUUUGCCCAGGAACUGGUGGAAUUCCAGACAGGCAAGGGAAGCUUGUCCAAGGAGAGGGAAGUGAUGCAGAUUCUUCAGGAAACUUUAACUCCUCCUUCACAGUCCCACCUUGCAGGGCAAAAAAGCUAUGCUGGGGCUGUCUCCAGAGACUCUGUUCCAGCUUCAAUUCAGCAGGCCCCAGAAGUGAUUAAGGUUCAAGGUAAACAAGACUAGAAACCUGGAACUUCAUCCCCAGUCCCUUUGAACUCCGCUAUUAGCCCUUGCACUCUUCUGCCUGUGAAUAAAGCCACCAGCAGUAGCCCUUUGUCGAUAAACAUUCCACGUUUCUACUUUCCUAAAGGACUUCCGAAUGUCUGCACUAAUCAUGAAGAAAUCAUUGCCAGGAUUGAAGAAGCCUUUACAGAGUUUGAAGAUGAGAAAGCAAACAUCUGUGAAAUGGGGAAAAUUGCUAAGAUAUGUGGCUGCCCACUCUACUGGAAAGCACCUAUGUUCAGUGCAUCAGGAGGAGAAAGGACAGGAUGUGUAUCUGUACACUCAUUUGUAUCUAUGUGGAGAAAAAUCCUAUGUAACUGCCAUGAUGAUGCAUCCAGAUUCACGUAUCUUUUAGCGAAGCCUAGCUGUGACUACCUAGAACAGGAGGACUUCAUCCCGCUGCUUCAGGAUGUGGUGGAAACGCAUCCUGGCCUGACGUUCCUGAAGGAUGCUCCCGAGUUCCAUUCCCGGUAUAUUACAACGGUUAUACAGAGAAUAUUCUACACAGUCAAUCGAUCCUGGUCUGGGAAGAUCACUCUAACAGAGCUGAGGAAAAGCAACUUCUUGCAAACUCUUGCUCUCUUGGAAGAAGAGGAUGACAUAAAUCAGAUCACAGAUUAUUUCUCCUAUGAGCACUUCUAUGUUAUAUACUGUAAAUUCUGGGAGCUGGACACUGACCAUGAUCUUUACAUCAGCCAGAAGGAUCUGGCUAGGUACAGUGAUCAAGCUUUAUCAAACAGGAUUAUUGAGCGAAUAUUCAGCGGCGCUGUGGUGAGAGGCAAUGAAGUUCAAAAGGAAGGCCGCAUGAGUUAUGCCGAUUUUGUGUGGCUCCUGAUUUCAGAGGAAGACAAAAGGAGUGCUACAAGCAUUGAGUACUGGUUUCGGUGCAUGGACCUGGAUGGGGAUGGAGUGCUCUCCAUGUAUGAACUGGAGUACUUUUACGAGGAGCAGUGUGAGAGGAUGGAAGUGAUGGGCAUAGAACCACUGCCAUUUCAUGACUUGCUGUGUCAGAUGCUUGAUCUCGUUAAGCCAGAGAGGGAAGGAAGAGUAACCCUGCGAGACCUGAAGAGGUGCAGAAUGGCUCAUGUAUUCUACAACACCUUCUUUAAUUUAGAGAAAUAUCUGGACAAUGAACAGAGGGAUCCCUUUGCAGUGCAAAAGGACAUUGAAAAUGACGGCCCUGAACCCUCUGACUGGGACAGAUAUGCCGCUGAAGAGUACGAGAUUCUUGUGGCUGAGGAAUCUGGGAAUGAACAGUUACAAGAAGGAUCAUUUGAAGACGACUAUGACACAGAUGAAGUCUUAUCUCCCCCUGAAACUGGAGACAAGUCAGACAAACUAGUUAUCUCAGAUCUCUCAGCAUAGAGAAAUGGAAGACAUUUAAUCAGUAUCUUUCAAACUGGAUAGCAUUCAGUCCCAAGACAUUUAGGAAUUUUUCUUAAAUCCGUCAUUGGAGCAAUGUGCUUUAUUUUGUACACUGUAACUUGAGAACCCUUUUUCUCCUCCUGUGUAAUUGCAAUAAGGUAAUUUCUAUAAAAAGGCUUUUUACAAUGUGUUAUCGUGCACGCUCAUUAAAAAUGGUGAUUGCACCUUGUUUCGUUUAUAUAUAAAUUCUGUUAUGUCCCCAGAUGUGCAAUAAAUGCCAGCAUCUAAUGGUUAACUGUAACAACUGCAUGCAACAUCUACAGUGGUCGUUUCUCUGUCAGUUCAGUCCUGUGCCAUUCUGUCCCCUUGACUUUAUACCAGGAGUGACAAAAGAGCUGCCAAAUUAACUUAAUUUAAAUGUAUGUCUAGAAAUCUUUUAAAAUGCAAGUCACAAUGACGUUCUCUUUUUUUCUUAGUGUCCUGGAAACCAAGGCAACAUGCCUGCACAUGGGGAGAGUGAAGUCCCCUUUUGCGCUUUAAACCACAAGCUCUUACAGUUGAUACUGGACAUAUUUUAUUUGUAUGAAUCUGUGGACAGUUAAAGCACCACAUGAUGUAAUGUUUCGCUAAGAAUUUGAGAUGUAGUUAACAUUUCUACAUAUUCUCCUGUGCGUAAGAUGAUCUUCCUCAGGCUAGUGUUUUGUCUCUGUAGAAAUAUUUUCUAGCGUAUUUACCAAAGACGACAUAUAUGCUGUUCAGCUGGUGUGUUGAAACUGCCGUGUCUUGUGUGCACCAGUUCUGCCCAUUUCCUGUGUUCUUCCAUUCUAUUGUAUUGCUAACCUGUAGCCUUCUCCAAGAGGCUAAGCUGAGAUAAUGAAGAAAAAACCCAAUCCUAACCUAGUUUGCUGAAUUUCUGUUAACAGAGGGAUCCUUUAACUGGUAAAGGAAUUAGUCUGAAAUAUUGCCAAAAAUUUGUUUUCCACCCAUGAAGUAGGCCCCAGUCUCAGAGAGGAAACACUAACUAAUGAAUUCUUGCUUUAAGUGCAAAAUUAAACUGACUUUCCCCAUAGAAUCACAACGGGUGUCUCUAGUAAUAGCACAUGCUCUGCUGCUAGAGCUGUUCCUCCUUGCUUAGUAGCUGUCUGUGAUUCAGCGCAGAGGUGAUUAUAACAUAUUCUUACCAGUCCGCAAUUUUAGCCAUCGUAGACACACAAACAGAUCUGGUACUUACCUUCUCCAGCUUGGGACAGGUUUCAGCUGUCAUAUUUUAUUUCAACUAUUGUAAUUGUGCCCAAAUAUGUAAUGCUUGGUGGGCAUGUAUAUACUAUAUUUCCUCUUACCUCACUGUAAGAAUAUCAAACCAUGCCUCCUCAGGACAUCCCUGUGUGAAUUCCUGCCAGAAUACCUGGGAGACAACUGCCAAUGCCAGGAUCAGAUCUCCAAGCAGGCACCUCCUUGACUGCACUAAAAGCAGAACCCACCCACUUCAUAGGUGACUUGUAUAUACACACACACACUGGUAGCCUGGUGUAUUUUGUACAUAUAGAUGCUAGCACAAUGGAACAUUAAUCCCUAGAUGAUACCUUUAAGUGCUACUGUUAAUAACCAAAUAAGUAAUUGGCUGGUCACUACAAUGCAGCUUCAACUUUUCCAGGAGCCUUUGAAGUGUAACAGCUGCCUCCCGAUGCCCAGGUGGGAUAUACUGCUGCCUUGUUGAGGUUAGUAACUCCUCAGGAUGAAAAUCUGAAAGAGAGGAAGUUUUCAGUUAUACUGGCCUUGGAGAUUUAUUCUCUUUUUCUUGAACAAAGCUGCUGUUUUAUCCAGAGGCAUAUACAGACCCCAGGAUCCUGGAUUUGAUAUUUGGGAAACUUCUGGAUGCCCAGGUUAUUAGCAAGGGCAAGGUAACUUCCAUUCCAUAAUAAGAGAUGUAAGCAGGGAGCACUCUAACCAAGCCAGGAUAAGCCGCUAUGAACACAGCAAGCACACAAGAGCGGCUCUGUCCAACACCAGGGUGUUUGAAUCGCAUCUCCAUCAUCACUAUAACCCUGAGGGGAAAAGCUUUACUGGGGAUGAUUCCACAAAGGCCCAAAUACAGAAUAAACUAGGAAACGAUUGCAGAAAUUAACACAGGAUGGAAGUCACACAAUCACUAAUUGUAACCAGUUCCAUCCACUUCUUACCUGAAAGAACAUAGGCAAAGCAGUUCACCUCUUUUGUUCACUAUCUAGGUCCAGAGUGGUCUUUUACUUUGAUAAAAUUUUACAUCUCUCCAAAGGCAAAGAUUCCUCAAAGGAACAAUAAGAACCUGACCCCAUUCUAGACUGAAAUUGAACUUUCGUGUUACUUCAGCAUUGCUAGCUUUUAACUCCAUAAGCAGCAGUACUGGAAAGUCCAGUUUGUCAAUUAUGUAAAGUCUCAUUCCAGAGUAACUUAGUGAUGGUCUCUUUAAGGUUUUAACCUGGGAUACCCUGGCACCUUCAAGAAAAGAAGCUUUCCUAGCACUGUACAGAAUAAUGUAAUAAUUCAGGUUGGAAGGGACCUCUGUAGGUCUCUAUUCCACCUCCUCACUCAAAAGCAGGCCAGCUUCAAAGUUAGAGCAAGUUUCUCAGGUCCUCAUCCAGCUGAGUUUUGAAAAAUCUCCAUAGAUGGUGAUUCUACAACCUCUCUAAGUAUUACAUUUCCUCCUCCUCCUCCCUGUGGGAGUUCAGAGUAACAUCCUUUUCCAGGAAGGAUGUAUAUUCCCAGGAAUGCACAGUUUCUUUUUCACCCAAGGAGGGAGUUAGAUGAAGGACUCAAGGACUCGCCAGUUGAGCAAGUGACACCCUGUUCUCAAGCACCAGAUGUGUGUUGGGAUGCAGGCGCAGCCCAUGAUGUACUAUGAAGAGCUGGUACUCCAGCAACCCUUGGCGCAUCGCUUUUUUGGCUUGGCAUUUCUGUUCGUGCUAGGUUGUACCUUGAGCCUACUUCUGCUGUUCCUGCUCUCCCUAUUCACGCACCUUUCAUUUUUCUCCUCAUGUGCUUUUUGCAGAGGGGCUUUAACUCAACCCAUCAAAUCAGUUCAGACUUCCAUCUCACACCACACCAAUCUGCCUGAACUGGUGCCUUUUCUUGAGGAAGUCAGUAUUCUGAGCCUGGUAAAAAUCACCAGUUACUUUUUCAAGGUUUGGCUUCAAUAAAUUGAGACAGAAGCUCAUAGCUGCUCUGCUGAGCUCUUUGGCCCCCAAACCCAAGGCCCUCUCUUCUAUAAACAGAGGUUUGCCGCUGCUAUGAUAAAGUAGCAUAAGUCCAAACCAAUUCAUGCUUUCUAAUAGGUCAACACAACAAGCUAAUCAAAGAAAAAAAAAACCAAAACAACCAAACUUAGAGCAAAUGUUUUGCCUUAUAUGUGAAUAUAAGGACAAGCUACAGAAGCCACUGCUAGCAGUGCAAAACUUGCAGCAAUUUAUACUAUUUACUCCAGGAGUAGAAAUCCAUUCUCUCUCACUAAUACAUUUGAAAAGAAUCAAAAUUCAGCAGCCACAGAUGAAUUAGUAAAGGAGGUAUUCUACACCCCAUUUGUGACUUAGCCCUGCCCGCAGCUUCUCUGGAUGGAAGGUUUCUAAAUGCAGUAUAUAAGCAAGGUAAACUUGGGAACUCCUGUCCUACUUCUUAGCUUUUAUUUCUGGGAUAAUGAAAACAUAAGAUGACAAGGAUGUUUGUGAAUACAGAUACCAGAACCUGCUCAGCUGCAACACACACCAGCUUCAGAGGCCAGCUCUCUAGAAUGAAGCAACCCAAGAAUCACAGCACAGAAAACUUGCAGCAGUCCGCUUUGCUCUGACUUUGCCUCCCGUCUCCAACUGUCAAUGCCACUUUAGAUGUUGCAUACCUUGAAAAACAGAGCAUGCAUUUUUCCUUAUAAGUCCAGCUCAGGCUGAAGUCUAUUAAGAGCUGGAUUUCUUUUUCCUUACGAGUAGUCAGAAAAGUGAGUAAAAUGCAGUUUUGCAUGAU